CCGCACUUUAUAUAUUUCAAAAGGCCACUCAGAUUAAACUUCCCGCUUUGCUUCAUUCCUCUCUCUCUCUCUCUCUCUCAGAGACUCGGAGCUUUGAAGAUCGGCGAACAUGAAACCGGCGGAUCGGAUUCCGGAAAAGGCCACAAAUUCAGCUGGGGUUUGUAUGAUGAGAAACACAUGGAGGGAUGAACAGCACCCGUCUUUCAUAAACUUCAUCUCCAAUUUCCUCACUGCAAAUUCGUUCCGGCUUAAAUUUGUCUCAAUUCCAGCAGACUUCAUUUUCAACUGUGGGGGUUCAUCAGUGGCAUUCAUCUUUGUAACAAGCUUGGAUUCAACUAAUGUCUCUGAAAUCUUCGCCAGAACUCAAAUACUGAAGCAGCAAUUUGCGCAUUUCUAUGUUAUCUGUACCCUCCCAACCAAGGAACAAAAUGACUUGUUUGUUCGUUCUUACUUCAAUUUCGGAUUGGAGCUUGGUAAGCCGGCAUUUGUUCUGGUUAAAGACUUGGAGAUGGGUUUUGAAAAGAUGCUAAGGAUAGUUUAUGCACGCGGAGUAUGCAAGCGAGAGGAUGUCACCACAAAAUUGAAGGCUCAGAGAGAGCAAUAUGUGCAAACCGUGGGCGUGUUUCAAAGAGUGAUCACAUCCAUACCAGGAGUUGACAAUCAUGAUGCAAAUGCGCUUAACCAAGCAGUAGGAUCAAUUGAAGCAAUUGCCAAGGAAUCGAAGGACCAUAUUCUGGAAAACACAGACCUUUCAGCUGACAAGGCAGAAGUGCUUUCAAGGUUUUUCAGGGAUCAAAAGUUUUACCUCAGUCCCAAGAUCAAUUGACAGCCCUGUUUUAUCUCAUGAACUUCAAAUAUAAUCUGGAGUACUUGUGGUCAUAUAGUGAACCGUGCUUCUAUGUUGUUGACUUUCACUGUGUAUAUUGUAGUUUCUGGAAUUGGUACGAGGAUGUGGGAUUGCAAAGUUGCAAACUGAGGUUUGAGAACUAGAAUUAUCUCCCCAGGUUAUCAAUUCUGCAUACGGCCUUUAGGUUCUUGAUGAGUACUAACUAGCACCAUAGACUGGCAA